AAAACCCUAAAAAUUUACUUGUAGAUCAAAAUCGAAAAUCGAUGGGAACUCCAGAAUCAUCGAGAGAGCCAUGUCCGGAUCGUAUCCUCGAUGAUUUGGGAAGUGCGUUUGGUAUGGGUGCUGUUGGUGGAUCAGCGUUUCACCUAAUCAAAGGAAUCUACAACUCUCCCGCCGGAGCUCGUCUCUCCGGCGGCGUUCAAGCUAUAAGAAUGAACGGGCCACUAGUCGGAGGAAGCUUCGCCGUGUGGGGUGGUCUUUUCUCAACCUUUGAUUGCGCUAUGGUGUACGCAAGACAAAAGGAAGAUCCAUGGAACUCGAUCUUAUCUGGUGCAGCCACUGGAGGAUUCCUCUCGUUACGUCAAGGCUUAGGCGCGUCUACUAGAUCGGCUUUAGUCGGAGGUGUGUUGUUGGCUCUCAUAGAAGGAGCUGGUAUCAUGUUGAACAAAGUGCAGAGUGCUAUGCAGAACGAGCAGUUCAUGGAGGAUCAUGCAGCUUCUUCGUUACCUUAUGGUGUGAAUAUGGGUCAGAUUUUUGGUCAGCCCGUACCGGUACCGGAGACUUCUUCUUCUUCUGGUUCGGAGGCUGGUUCGGGAUCUUGGUUUGGGAGUUUGUUUAAGAAGAAGAAGGAAACAGAGGAUCAUCAUUCAGAGAGCAAAACUCACAUUUUGGAGAGCUUUGAUGCUCCUCCUGUGCCUACUUAUGAGUUUAAGUGAUGAAAUUGAGAGGUCUGGAUUUUAUUUUAAUAUAAGAGCUUAAUUUCG